AUACAGCCGUGCCGUAAACAGAACAUCGCAACCAAAAUGGCUGCUGCCGGUGUUUACCUUCUUGGGCUCUUCGGCCUUCUGUUGCGCGUAGGCCUCAAUUUCACCCACCUACCAUCGUGGCUCCAGACGCAGAAUGAAGUAGUGACUCCUCUUACAUCUUGGAAAAGAGUUGAAGAAGGUUUUGCACUACAAAAGCAAUUAAUUUCCCCAUAUUCUGGAGACAUUUUUCAUGAGACACCUCUAGCCUUACAAGCUUUGAAAAUAGCAUAUUAUUUUCCAUGGAAGGUUACAGGUUUCUUCUUGUUUUUGGAUCUCCUGACGAUGAUGUUUCUGUACAAGACCUCAGUUGCUUUCGUCAGACAUCUAAUCCAAGUACAGAAUGAAGAAAAGAAAAAGUACUCCACUAAAGCAGAGUCUAUCAUCCUUACCACAGACUCUCUCGCCUGGAUACCCACCAUUGUGCUGGCGUGUUAUUCUUUGAACCCUAUGAGCAUCAUGACAACUCUUGCCAUGUCAACUGGAGCUAUCAGCAACUUGACAAUAAUUCUCACAUUCUAUUAUCUUCUUCAAGGAAACAGAUUACUCUGCACAUUUUUCCUUUCCGUGUCAGCGUAUCAGUCGCUGUACCCUCUUAUCUUCAUUGUGCCAGUGGCGUUGUAUUUCUUGAAGCUAUCAAGACCGUCAAUGCCAUCCCUAGUCAGUGUGCAGGCUGUCUCCAGUUAUGUUCAGACGUGUGCGUUAUUCUUCUUGUUCAGCGCUCUGUUGAUUGGACUUUCUUUUGUCUCUGAGGGAUCCUGGGAGUUUUUGUACUCCACAUAUGGUUUCAUACUCACAGUUCCAGACUUGACCCCAAAUUGUGGCGUGUUUUGGUACUUCUUCACAGAGAUGUUUGACCAUUUCCGCACCUUUUUUGUUUGUGUUUUUCAACUGAACGCAGUGGUCUAUGCAGUACCAUUGGCUGUGAAGUUUUCAGAAAAACCUUUUUUCUUGAUGUUUCUGCUCAUCUUUGUGACAUCCAUCUUCAAGUCAUACCCAAGCUAUGCUGAUGCAUCCCUCUACUUCAGCCUACUGCCGCUGUGGAAACAUACAUUUUCAUACAUGCGUAACACUCUGGUUGUUGGAGGCAUGUACGUGUGUUGUGGUGUUCUAGCUCCAAUUCUCUACCAUCUCUGGAUUUUUGCUGGAAGUGCCAAUGCAAAUUUCUAUUUUGCAAUAACCCUCACAUACUCUGCAGCACAGAUUUUCCUUGUCACAGACUUGCUUUUUGCAUACCUUCGAAGGGAAUAUGACCUUUACAAUGGAACAGAACAUCAAAAUAAGGAUGGCUCAAAGGCACAGAUAAUUCUGGAAUGAUCUAAUCAAUAUAUCAUAAAUCAUCAAAUCACACCUGAGCCUGUCUCAUAUCCAAGACUUGAAUAGAUGACAGGAAGAGAACACUUCUAUUACUUCUAUGUUAGCUUUAUUUUGUUCUGAUCGUCAAUCCUUCAGUUUCCUGUUCUACUUCAGUGCCCUUAUUUACGAUUUUCAUAUCAUUCUGUUAUUUUAGUUACAAAGAGCAUUUAUCUCAUCACUGCUGGAUUUAAUACUAUAAACUAUAGAGAAUGGAGGCUAUUUUAUGGUUUAUUUUUUAAAUCAAGUGUAGCUUUGUCAACAAUAUGAUGUGACAGAAUAUAAUAUGGUGUUUUUCCUGUGGUGUCUGUUUUAUUCAAAGAUCUCUCUUAUCCAUAAGGGAAACUGUCUGUUUUUUCUAUGAUUAUUGAUCCAAAAGUUUCCAACUCACUUUUCUUUGGAUGAAUCUUCUUGUGUGACCAAAAAUUGAUUAUAGCUAAUUGUCAUGGUUAUAUGACGUCCCCACUGUUCUGCUACUGUUCACUUUCAGUGCGUAAAUAUGUUGAUCUAUGUGGUGAACAGAAGAGUGAUAUUUGGGAAAGUCCUCAUAUGGCCGAAGUGUUCACAUAGACGUGUGUUUCUGCCAUGUUAGGUUGGUGCUAGAUGGAUUAUGUGCAAAACUGUUUUCCUUCUUUUAUGAUUUCAUUGAUCGAAAGAUUUCAAAAUUUUGAUGGCUUGUGGUUAAAAAAUGUUGACGCCAGAAGAAAAAAAAGUAGUGCAAAGUCAUGCUCUGAACUGUUUUCUUUUUGCAAUUUGAAUUAGGCUUUUGAACUGUUUAUUGAGGGACCUGAAUAGUUUCUAGGACUGCUUGUUAUUUGACAUAUAUAGUACGAGUAACUUUUGUUUUGAAUUCCACUGGUCCAGUCAUGUUGAUUCAUAAAGAUCUCCAUGGCUAGGUACCAUAUUAUUACAUGAUGUAUGUUUCACCUUUUCUUUAGGGAAGGGGAGAGGGAGGGUUAAUAAUGUGUUCAGCCUUGCUUUUUUUUCUGAUUGAUUCUAAUGUUUUAUUGUUGUUGUGCAUUUUUGUGUGUUUUUUUUUAAUUUUUCAAAAUGUUUAUGAUACUGUCUGGAACAUGUGUGCAAAUGCCCCCAUCAACACAAUUUAGACCUUUAGGAGGUGGGCUGCUUCAAUCCCGCCUCUCAGGGACACCCAAGGUGAGUGGGAUACAGCUUCCUACCAGGAAGACGGAAAUGCUCAAUGAAAUAGAUUUCCCCAUUGGGUAAUUGAACUAACAAGUUUUAUUAGAAUUUAAAUGUUGCUGUGAGACUGUGACCUUUCCCAGUGGUCCUGUGUUAUUUUGUUUCAGACAGCCCAGAGUAUCGAGGCAGGAACUCGAUUCAUGUGUUUAGUUAUAGCUGCCACCGUCUGGCCCUCAUGUCAGUUCACUCACCCUUAGUCUUGUUUCUUACAAAAGGAGUGUAAGAGUCUAUUAGAGUAAAGUUUGGCACAUAAAUCUGUCAUUUCCAUAGACUGAGAAAAGUGAUGUUUUUCUGAUAAUUUAUUUGGCUGCUUGGAUUUUUUUAAAGUGAUAAAUGCAAGCUGUUAUGAAUGGUUGUUUGAAUGAACUAUUCAUCUUACCCUGAGACACAAGAGAAGGGUUUGUCAUCAUUGUCAGGGAAAUGUGGAGUGACUGAUCAUGUGAUACUUCUGGUGCUGUUCUUGAAACUUAUUUUUACUCUCUAAUUGAACCCCUUCCCUGAGUAAAGCACUGGAUAAACUUGUACAUUACAGUACAUGCCUCAUGUCUGUUGCUGUAUUUCAAGGGGCCAUGGUGUUCCUAAUUCCCAUUGUAGAUUCUUUGGAAACAUUGGAAUAUAAGGCUGUCAGUAAUUUUCCUGUGUGUGUCAUUUAUAUUUGAGAAGGUUAGGAAAGUGGAUGACUUUGAAGUAGAGUUUGUGUGUGAGCUCCUUUUGGUGAAUGUGUGCUCUGGGCUCUCAUGCACUGACAGGAUGAUGCUAACAUAUUUAUAUAUGAGGCAGUGUACUUAUUGUAAAGAUGUGGUCCCAGAAAACGUUUGCAUAAUUAAGAAUAGAUGUGCUUGUGUUAAGAUGGUGUGAGAGGUUUUUUUUUGUUGUUUUUUUUUAACCUGAAAGGGAUUGAUUUAGAAGAAUGCAUUCCUGUCUUUACAGUGUUCCUUUGAUUUUCCGACAUAAACUGACUGUAAGAUUUUGCUUUGUAUUUCAUUGGAUUCCAUUGAGAGUUCAUAGAACUUGUUAACAGAAGUUCUGAGUUCUAUUUAUUCGAAAAAGUCUUGAGGUCUGUUUGUGUGAAUGAAUCCAUUCCUCAACCCUAUAUCAGGAUGUUUGAUUACAACUGUGUGACAAAUCAUCUUUAGAAGCUGUGACUGUUAUUUUAAGUAGAGUGUUGAAAGUCUGAUAAAUGGCUAGUGUGAAAGUGAGAUUUGGGCUUGUAAUGUUUUUGAUGUAAUUUGCUGCUCAUUAUAAGCUAACAUGUUGAAUGUGAAUGAUUUUUUUUUGGUAUGAAUGUAUAGCCUAUGUUUACAAUUGAAUGUCUGUGCUUUGUUCUUGAAUACCGUAACAGUUUAUUGCUCCUGAAGAUGCUUUGGACUGAGAGAGCUAGGGGAGGCCUAUUUGUUUGUAUGAUUAAUAAAAAUUCUGUUGUAAGAUUAGUAAGAACUAACUUUCUAUUCUUGUUCAGAAAUAAUUUUUUUAAAUAGAUAGAUGUGCUAUUGUCUUUUGUGUGAGAUUCUGAAAUAAAUAGAUGGGCUACAACAAUGAGGCCACUUGUGACGAUGACAAGUAUCAGACUCAGACAGAGCUGGUUACGAUCAGCGUCAGUUGAGAUCAGUUGAGAAAGUUGGUUGUUUAAAAGGCAGUCUGCAGGUUUAACGUAUCAAAUAAAGAGAAUUGGUUGAAAGUUGACAGGAGUGCCGUCAUUUGGUUGACACUUUGUCCUUCUGGGCUCUAAAGUGAUGUCUAUCUGAUCUUUGACUUGUUGAGAUCCAUACACGUGGAACUAGACAAUUCUCUAUAAGUUUUGAUACAAUGUAGUCAUUUUGUUAAUAAGGCAAUGGGAUGAUGAGAUCUUCCUAAGGCUGGAGAGGGCUCUCUAUCGCCAUGACAUCUCACAUCAACACGAGUCACUCACUGUUUUCGUCAGCUACGAAAUUUGUAGGGUCACAAUGUAUCAGUAUCAGCAUUCUUUUACAGUGCAGCUCUGAUAGAUUUAGAAGACUUGAGCUAAAUCAAACAGCAAAAUUAGUGAUUGAACCCGUCUGUGUAUGCUGUAUUUUUAUGCAGUGAUGCCGUGACAUUUUGGCUUGACGUUGUCCAGCAGCUGAAGAAUAUUAGUACUUCCCUUUCACAUAUAGGCAUGAGCCUUGAUUUUUUGCUGGGCUAAGAUUGACUGGUAAAUGCGAAGUUCACAAGCAGCCUGGCAGGGAUCAGGAAAUAGCCGCCUUGUAUAAUGUCACGACGGUCUCUGACGACUACACACGAGGGAAAAAUUAUAAUCUAGAUCACAUUUGUGAACCUCAGACUUAGGAAUUUUUUUCAAUUGAUUUUUUUGGGAACUGUGUUAGUGUUACUAAAUUAGUUCAAGAAAUGAAAUUCCAUUCUUUUCAAGGCACUACUUUUUUCUAGUCGAAAUGGUGCAAGUACUGCUAGGGUGUAUGGAAAUUCGAACUGUCAAAGUAUUUUCUGUUUCGUUGUCAUUAAUUAAUUGAGUAAUGUUUGUUCCCUCUUGAACAGAUCAGAAUGCCUGGUUACUUGUGUUCUCUUUUUACCAUGAGUUGUAGAAGCUCAGCAGCUAAAUCCAUUUAACUCGAUCCGCAUAAAUAUGUAACUGUCGUAGAAAUUUUACGCCCCCAUUGACAGUAUAAAAUAUCAUUCAGGAGGCGGGCUGUUUUGACCCUGUCUGUCAGGGCCAACCCCAAAUGAGAGGGAUAAAAAUGUCCCAGCAGAAAGAUGGGAAAUACUUGAUAAAAAUUGUACUCACAAGGAAAGGAACUCGCAUUUCCUGCAUUUGAUCAUUUGGAUGGUGGAGCACCCAGCCACUGUAUCACAAACACAGGUAACUCACUCAAUCCUUUCACUCAGAGAUGUUGAUGUCAAUGAGGACUGAAGGUAUUGUUUGUGGACCAGGCUCUGAAUGAACUAUAUUACUAUUAGUGCUCUUGAUGUGCCAGUUUGAAGUUUGUAUACUUUUUCUUUUAUCCCAGUGUGCUUGUAACAGUGACUCACUUGGCUUCAAAACCUUCAGCUCAUCUACUACUACCACCUGUUGGUUUGGUGCUGCUCUCCCCCACAAUUUUUUUCAUGCUCAACGGUAUUGAGCUAUGCAAAGAAAAAAUAACUUGUGUGGAAUAAAAAGUGCUGUUCCUUGCACUUCGAUUUCAUGGUAGGUUGCACACCACCACACGGGUUAACUCACUUUCCAUGAGUCCAUGCUCACACACCUCCCCCCCAUGGGUAAGUCCUUGAGUUUGUCAAUGUCUUUGCAUUUUGUGAAAGUUGCAUUGAAUCAAUAUUAUUAUUAUUAAACUAUCUUCAUGUGAUCA